AUGUUGAGACCAGUUUCUGCGUUGUUUGGAAAUCUAUCGAAGAGUAAGCGCCACUGCACUCUGCCCAGCACGAGUGGUGUUAGCGUCAUGGCUAAAAGCAAGUACGAGUACGUGCGGGAUUUCGAGACGGAUGACACGUGUUUGCGAAACUGCUAUAUUGUCGUGCGGCUGGAUGGGCGAAAUUUCCACAAGUUUGCUGACCAGCACAACUUUACCAAGCCCAAUGAUGAUAGGGCUUUAGGCCUGAUGUCACGCAGUGCCCGCUCAGUCAUGGAGGAACUGGAGGACAUUGCUAUAGCAUAUGGCCAGAGUGAUGAGUUCAGCUUCGUCUUCAAAAGAUCCACCAACUGGUUCAGAAGAAGAGCAAGCAAGUUAAUGACCCAUGUGGCAUCUCAGUUCUCCUCCAGCUAUGUGUUUUAUUGGAAGGAGUAUUUUGGAGAGCAGCCGCUGCUCUACCCUCCCGGAUUUGAUGGCAGGGUGGUCUUAUAUCCUAGUAACCGCAACCUCAGAGACUACUUAAGCUGGAGACAAGCAGACUGUCACAUCAACAACUUGUACAACACAGCUUUUUGGACACUUGUACAGAAGGGUGCACUCUCUAAAACGCAGGCAGAGGAGAGGCUAAAUGGCACUUUGUCUGCAGAUAAGAAUGAGAUUUUGUUUUCUGAGUUUAAUAUCAAUUACAACAGUGAAUCUCCACUACACAGAAAAGGCACUACUUUAAUCUGGGAAAAGGUUGAUGAAACGUCAACAAAAAAGAUCACGGUGCCCAAAGAGGGUGAGAAAGAGAUCACUUUUACACGGAGCAGACGAAAAGUUACGGCUCAUUAUUCCGACAUAAUUGGAGAUUCAUUCUGGAAUGAGCAUCCAGACAUUCUAGAAGAGGACAGUUAAAGGAAAGACUGUAGCUGAAACACACACACACCUUUAGAUUUUCAGCAAACAAAUGUGGACUUUUUUUUGUAAAUAAAGGC